ACGUCUGGGAUUAUCGUGAACAUUGUAACGUUGAAUUGUGAUCAUUUUUACAUUAGUUUACGAGUGCAUUACAGGCUUUCUAGAUAACUAACGGACUACUCUUGAUUGAAUCACGAGACAUUUGUAGUUGAAAUGUACCGCUCAACCGGGAAAUUCAAAAACCGCUUCCUGCAAGCAUCAGACAACGGCAUUGGCUACGAUUGCAAAUUCAUAGUCGGUCCUGAAAACAGUGUCGUCCAAGGACACAAAUUGCUGUUCUCGGUGGCAAGCGAGGUAUUCCAAGCUAUGUUCUACGGUGAUCUGAAGGAGGAAAACACGGUCAAAAUCCAAGAUCUGGGGCCCGUUUCACAAAGGUACAAGCCCCUGGACGUCGUAGGAUUUGAAUGCAUGAAGCAUUUCAUCUACACAGGUGAGGUGAAUUUCACAUCCGCAAUUCACGCUCUCUCAACAUACUUAGCGGCUCGCAAGUACCUCAUCUCAGAUCUUAUACAGGAGUGCAUAAACUACAUUGAAAAGCAGCUCAAGCCCUCCGAGGUACUGGAGUUCUACGAAAAUUGUGAAACAAGCAAUACACCCGAAUUCGAAGAGCUGUGUUUGAAAAUUAUCGAAGAAAAAACGGACCAAGCAGUUGAAAGUGACUAUUUCCCAAAUGCCGAAUCCAAAACAAUCGAAUUGAUUCUCAAGUCUCGCUGUCUCAGUUUUGCAUCAGAAAUCGAGGUGUUUGAUAUGUUCGAAAAAUGGGCUCUGGCUGAAGCAGCUCGAAAAAAACUUAGCGAUGGUGAUUUGGCGUCUAGUUUUAAGCAUUUGAAAAAGCAUAUACGAUUUCUAACAAUCAGUUCAGAAGAGUUCACCUCACGUGUUGAGCCGUCUCUGCUUCUCUCACCAACUGAGAAACGAGCUAUAGAAAGCAAUCUGUUACAGUUGUAUUCGAAACCCAUGCCUGAGGAUCUCUCAGUGAUUUAUCAGCAACGCAAAUUUCUGCCCAAAUCGAUCACAUCGGAAACAUUCCAAUUCUCACAUACUUUUGUAUUUUCAUUUACAAAAUACUUGCAAAGUGAAAGUGUAUUUAGUACUGUAAAUGGAAAAUAUUACUUCCAUCUCUCAAUAGACAAUACACAAGUCAAUAAUAGAGAUAGUAAUUACAUUUGGUGUUUCAUUCAGCCAGAUUAUAAUCAUGAACGCUAUAUUGGCAGCGUAAUUUUUAAAAUACAAUCAAAAGUCUCAGUAAUAGCAGAAAGAGAAUGUGAUGACUUAAUCGUCAGACAUCAGGGUGAACUCUUUCUGAAGGAAAAUGAAAAAUCAAAUAUUCCAGUUGCUGAGAUUCCUAUCAACAAAAUAAUGAAUGACAAGUAUUUUCCAAGGGGAGCAAACAGGGUUGUUAGAAUUCGAAUGCAAUUCAACGCUCAGUAUACUGAAUUGAAUGAAUGAGAUUAUAUAGAUAAUGUUAAUUUUUCAAUGUUAUUCUUAAUUGAUUCCCCAUUUUUAAAAAUCUGGAUUUUUCAUAGACUAAUGUAUUUAUCAUAGACUAAUAGCGUUAUCACACACUAAUGACGUUAGGCCUAAUUCUUCAAUAAUAUUGUAAUCAUAGGUCAAAAGUGUGAAUCAUGCACCACUUCUCAAACGGUGAAUCCCAAGUUUGCCUCAGAGAAUUAUCUUUUUGAAACUUCAAAUACAUUUUUUCAAAUCUGAGUGACACUGAAUAAAAAAACAGCACAUCAUGUUGGACAACUGUGGUUAAAAACAAUCUCAGCUAUUCAUAAAAGAGAAGUUGUCAACUUGACAACAGUGCCGGCUGUCAUGGAGAGCAUCAAGUUGGGUCCUGAAAUUCCCACGACAGAAUCAGUAGUGGAAGUGUCCGGUACAGUGAAAAUGUUAUUGCUCGAAAAAGUUUCUUGUGUGACGUUUUUUGUGGUUUAUAUCUUGAUGGAGGGCUAACUUGGAAAUAUCAUGUCAAUCAACUGCGGAAUAAAAUGUUAUACAAUAUUCGGAAGUUUUAUAGAAUACGUAGACUAGUGCCCACGUAAGGUAUUAUACUUGAUUUAUUACUCUAUUAUACAUUCUAGGCUUCAGUAUGGCAUCGAAUGUUGGGGAGGGACUAAUUUAUCAUCAUUAAAACCACUAAUUAUAACUCAAAAAUGUGUUGUUCGUUUGAUAACAUUCAAAGAACGGAGUGAACCCUCUUUGAUGUUUAGACAAUUAGAAAUAUUAACCCUAAAAAAUUUGAAUGUAUACAAAUUCUUUAAAAUAUUUUUCAUUCGCAGUGGUGGUGCAAAUGACAAUGAUGACGUUAAUGAUCAUGGCAGAAGAUUGAUUGAUUACUUUAUUUUUGUAGAUUACAAUAUAUACUGGCUUAUACACUUAUAUACAAUAGCUUACAAUACAGCAAAAUUAUAGAUGAAUUUACAUAAUAUAGACUAA